AUGGCAGAACGCGGCAGCUUUGGACGUGGCUUCGGCCGAGGGGGAGGGCGUGGCAGAGGACGCGGCCGUGGAAGAGGCCGAGGAGGAGCAGAAGACGACUUGAAAGAUUGGGUGCCCAUCACGAAGCUGGGACGCCUCGUCCGUGAUGGAAAGAUCUCCUCCAUCGAAGAGAUCUACCUGUUCUCUCUGCCCAUCAAGGAGUACCAGAUCAUCGAUCACUUCUUCCAGCCUGGGAACUGCGCUGCUCCCCUGAAGGACGAUGUGAUGAAGAUCAUGCCUGUCCAGAAGCAGACCCGUGCCGGUCAGCGAACUCGUUUCAAGGCCUUCGUCGCUGUUGGUGACUCUAAUGGUCACUGCGGUCUCGGCGUCAAGUGCGCUAAAGAAGUUGCCACCGCCAUCCGAGGGGCCAUCAUUGCGGCCAAGCUCAGUCUUGUUCCCGUGCGCCGAGGAUACUGGGGUAACAAGAUCGGUGAGCCCCACACAGUGCCGAUGAAGGUUUCGGGCCGAUGUGGAUCCGUGCGCGUCCGUCUCAUCCCGGCACCCCGUGGCACGCACAUUGUCGGCGCUCCGACGACCAAGAAGAUUCUGGGUUUCGCUGGCAUCAAGGACUGCUUCUCGAACUCGAAGGGAUCUACAAAGACAAGAGGCAACUUCAUGAAAGCGUUGUUCGAUGCCCUUAGCCAGACCUACGGGUACUUGACACCCGAGCUGUGGGCUCCGACAGUUUACACGAAGUCUCCGUACCAAGAAUGGUCCGACUACCUGGCUCGGACGUCCAAGGAUGCUCUGUCGCGACCGCUCGCGUAG